GAGGACUUUGGCUUCUCUAUCACAAUGCCAGUGUUUGCCUUUGCUCUCAUCGAGGUCACCGUUCACAUUCAGGGACAAGUGUGUGUGCGCGUGUGUGUGUGUGUGUUCAUCAGAUUUUAUCUUUUGUCCACCAAAAGAGUAAUGUAGAGAGGAAUCAUGAAGUCUGUUGUUUUUGUCCAGUCUGGGGUUAAAAUGGAGCAGUAGAAGAAGAAGAAGAAGAAGAAAAUAUCAUUUCUAUAGCGCUUCUCAAAAUAAAAAUCACGAGGCACUUAAGGAAGGAAAGGAGGAGCGGUUCUGAGGUCAUGAUCUCCAGCAGCCUUCUUUUGUCAGAGGCGCAGUUUCAGUGCUGCAUCUGUCAGGAUGUUUUCUCCGAGCCAGUCUCCAUCCCCUGCGGCCACAGCUUCUGCCUCACCUGCAUCACGUCGCACUGGGACAACAGCCUCACCUGUCCCAAAUGUCACACCGAGUUCAACGCUCGCCCUGAACUUUGUGAAAACUCUUUCGCCAAAGAGAUGUCGGAGCAGAUCAGAGCAAGAAGGCAGAAUGGCGUGAUGGAGGAGAACAUACGAUGUGAUGUGUGCGUGGGAAAGCAAAGUAAGGCUCUGAAGUCCUGCCUCGUGUGUCUGACCUCGUUCUGCGAGAGCCACCUGGAGCCUCACCUGAGAGUCGCCACCUUGAAACUUCACAAGCUGGUGGAGCCGGUGGCCAUGCUGGAGAACAGGAUGUGCAGGCAGCACCAGAGGCUCCUGGAGCUGUUCUGCAGGAGUGACCAGACGUGUGUGUGUGUCCUAUGCACUGAAACGGACCACUGUGGUCACGACACCCUCCCAGUGGAGCGGGAGAGCCAGCUGAAGAAGGCCCAGAUGAAAAGAACAAAGACAAAAAUUCAUCAGAUGAUCCAGGAUAGAGAGCAGAAAGUGAAGGAGAUCAAACUGAAAGUUGAGCUAAGCAAAGAGAACUCAAAGAGGGACAUUGAGGAAAGCAAGGAGGUUUUCUCCGCUGUGCUUCGCAGCAUCGAGGAAAUCCAGGCCAAUCUGGUGGAGACAAUCCAGAGGAAGCAGGCAGUGGCAGAACAGAGAGCCCAGAGGCUCGUGGAGGAGCUGGAGCAGGAAAUCACAGAGCUGCAGAGGAGACAGAGUCAUCUGGAGCAGCUUUUUCACUCAGAGGAUCACCUCCAUGUUGUCCAGAGUUUUCCAGCUGCCGCCUCGCCUCCAUCUGUUAGACCCUGCUCCGACCUCUUCGUCCACUCAGACACGAGUUUGGGAACCAUAAGGCGAGCGGUGGCUGAUAUUCGGGAGAAGCUCCAAUCAAAACUGAAAAAGCUUUCCAGUCAAGAACAUGAGAAGAUCCAACAGUAUGCAGUUGACAUUCGUCUGGACCCCAGGACUGCCAACCCCUGGCUUAUCCUGUCAGAAGACGGGAAACAAGUCCAGGAUGGAGAAGUUGAACAAAAUGUAAUGAAUGCUCCUGAACGUUUCGACAAAGCUCCGUGUGUCCUUGCUCUGAAGAGUGUCACCUCAGGCAGACACUACUGGGAGGUUUGUGUUGGAGACAAGACGGCGUGGGAUUUAGGGGUAGCCCGAGAGUCCAUCAACAGGAAGGGAUUGGUGACCCUGAGUCCGGAGGACGGGUACUGGGCCAUUUGUCUGAGGAGAGCCAUGGAGUACCGAGCCUGUGCGGGUCAGGCGGAGCUGCUGUGUCUGUCUCAGAGGCCACAGGUCGUCGGGGUCUUUCUGGAUUACGAGGACGGGAUGGUGUCUUUUUACGACGCUGUCAACAAGUCGCACAUCUUCUCCUUCACAGAGUUCCGGUUCACGGAAGCCAUGUUUCCUUUUUUCAACCCAGAAAUGAAUGAGAAUGGUAGCAACAAGUCACCGCUCACCAUCCGCCCUGUUAGUGAGGUCUACAGGAGCGGGGACUUGGAUGACAUCACUAUAUGAUGCAAUAAGUGUGAAUUCUGUGACUUUUUAUUCAUACUUCAUUUUAAUUUUCACAGUCAGGCGCACAUUUUAUUUGCUAAAUGGAGAAUAAAAAUCUAAAUCAAAUGUUUAUUGGUGUAAUGUCCAGAAAGGGUCAAUUUUGACCUGUAUAUUGACCUACAUAGUGACCCCUCAUCUACAGAACUAAUUCCACUAUCUAGGUGGAUUUUCUAUUCUAUCUUCUAACACCCAGAAGAUUCUGCAGUGCUUGUCGGCAGUCCAUGGAGACAAGAUUGUCAACCUAGGUCUCCAAACAAAGGCUGUCCUCUUAUCUCAGACUGCUGGAUUCCACACUGACUGAAAAGUGAACUUUUACAACUCAUAAGUUAAAUAAUCAUAUGGGUGAAUGAACAAGAUGUUAUAUGAAAUUAUUGAAUAAUCUGUGCCUAAUUCAGUGAAGUUGAAAUAAAUAUUGUUCGUACAAUGAGCCAUUUAUA